CUCAUCACCCUUUCGCCUUGGCGUCAUGGAUAGACCUGACUUCGGAGGAUUUAUCUUUUAUUUUUUUUCAAUUUUUUAUUUUAUUUUUUGGUUUUGUUGACCUCUGGGGGAUUGUAGUCGGUACCAUUGUGGUGUCCAUUGAUUGUUAGCUUCGGUAAGAAGCGAGAAUGGGACAAUAGAUUCUGAGAGUAUGUGCCGAAUUUUUGAAAGUUUUAGACCGUCGCCUGAUGUGCUGGCAUUUCUUGCUCUUGCUCUUGUCGGUGACUUCAUGGCGAUCACUUGCGUAUGCUCCAAUUUGAUAAAUUCGUCUGAACUACUGGUGUAUUUGCACUCAGUCAAGAUAGUUUUGUUUGUAACCUCGAUCUUUUCUCAAGAAGCUGCAUAUAGGGUUUUAGUAACUCAUGGUAUCAGAGAUGUGAGGACCUCAGUAUCCGAAUGUAUUGCUGUGAAGAGUUCGUCCUCCAGUCGCAUCCCUUAGACAAACUGCGAAUGAGAAUGUGUCUUAUCCUUCUGUUGUGUUCGUUUCGAAGGCCUUUCAGAUCAGUACGAAGAUUUUGUUGAUGAGUUCAGUAUAGAUGAUGGACCCCAGGUAUUUACGAUGGAGGAUCACAUCCGUUGGCUGGAAGAAAGACAGAUGGCGAGAGGAGUCCAAGUUGAUACUUCAACAGGCUCAUGGGGAACAGUACAUUCACUAAGUCAAGGGUCGUAUGACGAAGAUCUUAUUUUUUCUGAUUACCACGAUCCUGACUCCAACCUCCUCCAUGAUCUUCCAAAGAGAUAGUCCUCAUUCCGCGCAAGUGUAUUAUUAUUAUUCAAUUCAGACUCUAGCUCCCAUAAUUUUUCUGACAUGUACACAAUCGUUAUUGAAGAAUCUCCUGACGCUGGGCUCUCACCGAGCGGCAAUUGUAUCAAUAAGCAUACAAAACCAACGUAGUCUAUUCCUUUUCGAAACAUUUCAGGCUCUCGUCAGUUAUGUUAUUCUACUGAGCUAUCGUAAUCUUGGUGAACGAUGUGUUACUGGUGCAAUCUGCAAAGAAUAGGGUUUUGGUCUGUAAAGAACGUUAGUCCUGCAAAGAAUAGGGUUUUGGGUAACAUUGUGUGAUGAAUGAAGCACGAUGUCUGUAAUCAAAAUCCACUUAAUGUGUUGAAUCUGAAGCUGAAAAUGUCUCUAACGUUGGACUCAUCUGAACAAAUCUUUCUUUGAGCUUAAAGAAUACACCCUUACUAAGAGAAGAAACAAUUCACUUUUUGAUUUCCCGUAUAUCUUUUUCUGAAUAAAAUUUUACUGUUAGUGGAGCGACGAAAGUUGGUGAAUUGGGGGAUCUAUGCUCAAAGCAUCGUAAUUUGAGUUUGCACAAGAAAGUAUGUGCCUUAGCGUGUCGGACGUUUCAGGCAUCUUCCUCGGAAUGGAUCUAUUGGUGUCUGCAUGACAAUUUUAGAGUAACAACCAGUAUUACAAUUUGUCUUCUCCAAUUCACCUCCUCUCAAUCCAAUUUCUCAACGUCAUACAUCAAGGAGAAUCUUUGUUACGCGUUUAUGCUAUUGAAUCCGAACCGGUCAAUGUGAGUCAGACUCUAAUCUCCCAGAACGUAGAGGCAGCCGAGAGCUGAGGGGACCAACCCAGAAUCCCUGAAGGUAAAAGUUAUCACCUCGCAUGUAUACGAGUGGCAUUUUUAAUUUCGAAGCCUACGUAGCCCUCACGGAGUUAUGUCGAGGAAGCAAUCACAUUCACAUCAACGUUAGGCUGAUCGCGAAGUCUCGUGCUGCAGGGCGUUGGCUGAUUUUUCGGUAGUUUUCUGCCAGGUGAUAGGAGGUUGCUAGGAUAGUUAGCUCAUUCACUUGUCUGGUAAGGUUAACGGUGGAGACUGGUACAGGCAGUCGAACUCAACUCCUUCGCCACUACGGCCAGCCGGUGGUCGAUCCCCUCAAGUCUGAGAAACCGGAACAAGAACUUCCAUGCAUUGUCAGUGAGAGGAAGAUGCAUGUGGUUAUAGGCUGUUUCUCCACUAUGCUUAUCUUCUAUCCACCACCUUCCUGAUUCUGAUGACGAUUGAUUAAUUACGUCUCUGGUCUAAUUUUCCGAGUUCUUGCAAAAAGUAAGUCUGGCUUGACGGGUUUCAUAUGAUCAAUUCGCUCCAUGAACGCACUUGGGUCCAAUAUAGUUUGCUAUAACUUUUCAGUACAAACAUUCGAUGUGCGCUCCUGUUUUCUAAUGUCAAUAUGGUGAGCGAGGUUUUUCAUGAGAUUGUAACGAUUGAGAGAAUGUCAAAUCAAGAGUAGAAGCUUUCGGUUUUAAAAGUGCGUAUUUGCUCUUGCUUAGAAGUGAGGAAAGAGCUCCCCAAAUUGAAACUUUCACCCUUCACAGCCAAGUAAUACAGCGGCCCCCGUGUUGGUCUUUCCGAGGAGAUGUCAUUCUGUGGUUGUAGUAAAGAAGAUUGACGGUUGGUGAACAACGUUAGGAGGAACGUAACGUUAGGAGGAACGUAACGUUUCGUUGAUUUUUGGCAUCAGAGAAUUGCUUUGUAGUCUUCGAAGCUCACGUCGAUUUACUACAAUGAUGUAUUGUUUCAGUGAGGGAAGCAAAUUCGAUGGAGGGUAUACAUAGGUAUAACAGUAAGGAAUUUUACCUAUUGACAUUAAAUAGGGACGCGCAUCAGCUAUUCGUACUAGCUGUGCCGGUAUGGUUAAUACCAUCUGAGUUCGUAACGAAUUCUUGGCAAGUCGAAAAAUACAUUUCGUCAAUUGCUUUUAACAAGGUCGAAGAAGCAUAUCCCGCCGAAUAUCCUCGAACAGCGAAUUGUCGUAAUUGGGUAACUGGGAAUAGCUAUUUCUGCAAUCUCGAAGCCGUCAAUUAAACGUGAAAUCCGUUAUGAUGUAAUUUCCUCUGCUUAAAAGGGCAAAGUCGAAAACCUCAGAGUGAGCGAACGCCAAAUACCCUCCUGUAGUUUUCCGGCGUCGGGGUAAACCGCCGCGUGUUUCCAUCUUUAAGUGUUCAUUGAACCUAGUUGUGGAUCUGAGAAUGAAGGGAGCCGUCACUGACGCUGGACGAUCAUGAUUGUCAUGAAUUUAAUGAAUAAUUACUCAUCUUGCUCUCAAGUACGCAAAGGAUCUCCUUCGUGAAAUCAACUCGCCCUUACGUCAAUCGGGAAUUCAUUUCUAAAAAUCGGGGAGAGGCACUCUAGAGAUGGAUGACGCAAAUUCGGUGCAUGUUGGAGGGCUUUCAUAUGAAAGUAGCGAAGACGCAGUGAAAAAAGCAUUUAUCGAAUUUGGCGAAGUGGUUUCUGUGAAAAUUGUAUAUGACCGUGAGAGCGGGGAGUCUCGUGGUUUCGGAUUUGUUUCCUUCACCAACCCUCGAUCGGCAACAAUGGCGAUUCGCGACAUGGAUGGAGGUCAAAUUGAAGGCCGUACCAUCCGCGUCAACGAGGUACGGAAGAACUUAAAAGGAUUAGGAUUCCGCGACCGAGAUCGAGACUUUAGAUCUCGAGGAAUGAAAGAACGGAUUCGGCGCCGAGGAUCUCUACCGUCCCGUGAGCGAAUGCAUCAUCGCACCAGAUCUCCGGUUCCCCAACGAAGCCGCUCCCCCACGCCUGUGAAAAGUAGUCCAGCUGCAAUAGAAGGCAGCCCAAGAAGAGGAAAUAGCCCCUUCGUCAAUGCAGGAAGAUACCAAUCCGCAGAGCUCAAGGAACGAGAGUGGUCACACGGUACCCGUAGCUCGGUGUCUCCCCCAAGCUCCGAGGGCAACGAAAUAAAAGAGGAAUCUUUACACAAGGAAGUCCCCAACCUCAGCUCCCGCAUCGCCGCAGAGAAGGACGAAGAGGAUGUGCGCAACCUGCUGGAAGAGCUGGAGAACGCCAAAGAGAAUCGGCGAGGGCUCGAGGAGAAAGUUGCGAGUCUCAGGAGCGUGGUGGAGAAAGCUGUUGUCACAAUCGCCGCCCUAAAAAGCAAGUCGCAAAAACUGGAGGAAUGCUUAGCAAAUGCUCAGCAACUAACUGCGCACCGCCAGUUUCAGCUCAAACGGCUGAAGACAGGCGUCUUCCAGUACAAGCUGUGCACGGAGAGGCUUUCCAGCAGCGAGAAGGAGAUGAAGGCUUUGGCAGCCUUGGCCUCUCUGGAGGCGGAUCACAGUCCUCGUAGCAACAGCAACCCCGACGAAUCACCUCCUUGCCUCCCAAACGGCCAUUUCGCCGGAGACGAGCAAAACCACUACGACGAUUAUUUGAGUAGCAGGGCUGCUCGGGUGCGGCGAGGCGGGCUGACGGGGAAUGACAGCGCUCUGCUAGGAUUUUGAAUUCGAUAGGCGCGUGUUGGGAAUGGCUCCCACCCUCCGAUUCCAAAGUUUCAGAGUGAGUUCAUGAUUCGUGCUGGCUUCCUCAUUCAAUCUGAAUAUCAAUAAAAACAGCCUCUAUUGAAUGGGGUAACGAUUCUUUUUGUCAGAAAAACGUCUUUAAAUGGUUUUGAGUGAACUCGGAGUUAGUGGUCGGAUUCAUAUAUAUGGGAAUUGAUAGGUUGACCUGGGUUUUUACUAAAAUGACAUGGUUUGGUAACCUAACCUAGUUCACGUGUAGGGGUCCUUAAUAAACAUGUAUGUUCAUUUAUGUACUGUGCAGCCAAAUUUGGUCACCUGACCUAGUUCAUUGAUAUACUGCAGAGCCAAAAUAUUGUGCAUAUGGUUUUUAAAACCAAAAUUGAAUAAUUAAGUGCGUUAUUUGUGUUCACAAUUUA